AUGUCACGAGAAAUCCCUUGGUCGCAAUCUCGUCCUCCUUAUGACAAAGUAAAACUCAAGAACACAAGAAAAAAAAAAGAGAAAAAAAUGACGACGGGCUUCGAUGGCGGAAAAAGCCAGGAUCAGGGAGUCGAUGGCUACACCAUCCCCUUUUACCAGAAAAAAGCCUUCAUGACCGCGGUGAGUUGCGUGAUUGCUUGGAUCGUGAUGAUCUGGUGCUGCUGCUGCUACUUUGGGAAGAAAGUCUGGAGGGCACACAACAAGGACGAUGAAGAAGUGGUCGCGACGGUCCCGAGAAAGUCGAAGUUCGAGCCUGGCCCCAUUUCUGAAAUCAUUCAAGAAUGCGAAUAA